AUGGACUCCAAGCUAUACCUCAAGAAUGCUCUUGCCACAAAGCAGCCAGGCCUCGGCUUUUGGUGUACCCUUCCAGGUGCUUCUUCCGUGGCCACAGUCCUUGCCACGGGCGGGUUCAACUGGACUCUUAUCGAUGCUGAGCACGGUAUGAUUACAGAUAAAGAUUAUUUUGAGUUGGUCAACACUAUCACAUCGCAAGGCGCUUCUCCUAUCAUCCGAGUUCCGUGGAAUGAGGAGUGGAUGAUCAAGCGAGCUCUGGACUCUGGCGCUCAAGGAGUCAUGACACCCAUGUGUCAUUCAGCCGAAGAUGCUCGACGGAUCGUCUCGUAUUCCAAAUACCCUCCCAAUGGCACUCGAGGUUAUGGCCCAAUGUUCUGCACACCUGUUUUUGGCUGCAAAGGAUCUGAAUAUGAUGCUGGAGCAGACAAAAACCUCCUCGUCAUCGUCCAAAUUGAGUCCAAGCAAGGUGUCGCGAAUGCGGAAGAGAUUGCCAAGGUAGACGGUUUGGACUGUUUAUUUAUUGGCCCCUUCGAUCUUCACAAGCAGAUGCAGGUACCUUUUGGAGGAGAUGAGCACGAGGCUGCCAUCGCCAAAACCCUCAACGCUGCUCAUAGCGCCGGUAAAAUUGCUGCCAUCUUUUGUCCCAAUGGUGAAGUUGCCCGAAAGAGACUACAGCAAGGCUUUGACAUGGUGUCUAUCGCUGUCGAUUCUGCGUGCCUCGCGGCAGAGAUGGAGAGGCAGAUGAUUCUCGCACUUGGGGCUGAGAAGGGAAAGGGAGACAGGUCGUAUUCAUAA